AUGUCUUUAUCUAUGUCUUUACCUAAUUUAAAUUCAGACAUUCUUCUUGAGAUUGUCAGGGAGUUAAAAGAUAAUAGAGGUAGUUUAUUCAACUUCCUUUUUGCAAAUAAAUUUUUCUGUGAAAUCGCUGUAUCAGUUCUUUGGAGUAAUCCAUUUAGAUAUAAGGUCGGUAGUUAUUCAAUCAUACAAACUUAUAUUAAACUUUUUAAUGAAGAGGAACAGAAUGAAAUCAAAGAAACCCUUGAUAAAUCCUUUAAAUUUAAUAAUGAACGAGAAAAACAACUUCAUUUUCAAUAUGGAAAAUAUUUAAAAGUUUUUAAGCUUGAAGAAAUAAAGGAUGCAAUAAAAUUAUGGUGUAUUCGACUAAAGAAUCGACGACGAGAUUAUGAUAUAGAUUAUGAAAAAUAUAUCAUGAAAUCAAUUAUGAGACAAUGUCAAACAUUAGAUUGCUUGGAAUUGAAUGUAAGUUAUGUGAAUGAAGAUUUAUUAAAAAUUAUGCAAGAUAAAAUUAAGGAUUUGAAAUAUUUUGUAGUACAUUAUAGUAAAUAUGGUAAUGAGAACCAAAAUAUUUUUGGUUAUUUAAAAAAUCACAGUAAAAAUAUUUCAAGUUUAAUAAUAGAAAAUAUGUGUGAUGAUGAAAUUGCUAAAAAAGAAUUGAUUUCUUUUAUUGAAUUACAAAAUGAUCUAGAUGAAUUCAUUCUUAAUCAUAUGAAAAAAAAUUAUGAGUAUAAAAAUCUUAUCAUAAGCACAUUAGAAUUUCAAGCUAAUAAUUUAACUAAGGUGAUAAUAAUUGAAGUAGAUUUUAGCGACAUAUCAUUUGAUAUUAUUGAUAAGUGUAUUAAUUUAAAAUUAUUAGUAUUAAGAUCUAACAAAGGGUUAAAAUCUAAUGAGAUGGAUUUAUAUACUUCAUUUAAAAAUCUUAAAGUAUUGGAUUUAAGUUAUAAUGAUUGGCCAUCUGAAGUAACUAUUUUGAUUAUUAAAAAAGCAGGAAAGAGUUUAACUUCUUUGACAAUUGGAGAAAAUAAUAUUAAGCAAGCAAUUAAUGAUGAUACUUUAACUGCUUUGGCAGAAUCUUGCCCAAAUAUUUAUUCAUUAUCAAUUUCCAAAACUUCUAGAGAAAGCAUUGAAAUGGUUCUAUCAUAUCUUAAAUAUUUAAAAUUAGUUACUUUACAAUUAUUUCAAACUGAAAAUGAAGGAACAAUUAUGAAAUCUAAAGUUCUGUUGAAUUACAUAAAAAAUGAAAAUUCUCUAUUUAAAUUGGGAUUAGGUAGAAAUGACAAGUAUUGGGAUAGUUAUAAUAAUGUACGUAAAAAUUUUGAAAAAUUUUUGAAAGAGCAUAAUGUUAGAAUUAUUGCAUAUAAACCAAAAUAUAAGAUCAGAUUAUAA